CUGGGGCGAGGGAGAUACCCUGGGAGCCUGGCGGAGCUGGGGAGCUCAUCCCCACUCCCUUCCCAAGGUGCCUGCCUUACCUCGGGGUAUUUGGCGAACGCAGCCCAACUCCCGGCCUCGGCCGACACCGAUUUCACCUGGAAUGGGUUGUUUGAUUUGGUGGGGGACACCGCUGCCCGGGGCUUGCGGCGCGCCCUCUGUACAGCGCGCGCAGGACGGAUCCUGAGGUCGCCUCCCCUAGACCAGCCUCGCCCGUGUCAGUUAGUUCCAAUGCAAAUAUUAAGGCUGUGAAUUUCUGGCAGACGGACGAGGCUGCAGAGAAACUCUACUAAUAGGAGAGAAGUGUGUGUGUGUGUGUUUUAAACAAACUUCAAUGCAGAGCAGAAAACAUGUGGAUUUCCUCUCCCUCAUUUUAAGUGAAUUGCCAGGUGGACCUUCAGAUAUCCUUACCUGUGUUUCUGUGUGGGUUACCAGCUGUUGAAGCUGUUGAAUUUUGAAGCAUAAUAAGCCUCCAAGCUGAAACCUUCCUUCUCUUUGAGGGAUCCUGUCACUGAAAUGUGUGAGUCCUUGGAUAAAUUUGGCUUGGUGACGGCAAUGCUUUCUUCAGAGACACUGCCACUUCCUCCAUGCUCCUUUUCUACCCUGACCUGAGUUCCUUCGUGUUACUCCCUGUGAUAAAUCAGAGGAUUUGCCCUUUUCACACUUUUCCUAUCACUUGGUAGCCUCUCCUUUCUCUUACCUCUUUUAGGAGGAAGUGGGUGUGAAGUGUCAAAAGCUACAAAGGAGAUGAAGGCCUUAGGAACAAUACUCCUGGUGGUGUAGCCUUAGCUCCUGUUGGGUUCUUAUCUAAUUGUGUUGCUAUCGGCAGACUUUCUGUCUGGAAGCUGCUGGGGAUGUCUGACUAGCUCCAAUGGAGCUCCACUACCUUGCUAAGAAGAGCAGCCAGGCAGCCCUGUGUGAUGCUGUGGACAGGAGCUCAGGAGGGCUUUCGGGGGACCAGGCAGAUGCAGCAGCCACCAAAGCUGCUUUCCGCUGCCAGAGGUAUUGUAUGUCAACAUCAAGAGCACUGGAGAUGGAAGGGUCUAAACUUAGCUCUUCCCCAGCAUCCCCUUCGCCCACUCUGCAAGAAAAUGUUAUUCAGCCAGACUCCUUGCCACCAGGACCUCUCAACUCAGGGAACAAUCUAAUAACAGCAGAACGGAAAGUCUGCAACUGCUGCACCCAGGAAUUAGAGACCUCUUUUACCUACGUGGAUGAGAAUGUCAACCUGGAGCAAAGGAACCAGAGCUCCCCUUCAGCAAAAAGGAGUAAUCAUCUGGGAGACCUGGGCUGGGGAAAUUCAAAUGAGUGGUCUCACGAGGCUGCCAUAUCCCUGAUAUCCGAAGAUGAAGAUGAUACAAGUUUGGAAGCCACCUCUUCAGGGAAGUCAGUAGACUAUGGUUUCAUCAGCGCCAUCUUAUUCUUAGUCACUGGCAUCUUGCUGGUGAUCAUCUCUUACAUUGUCCCACGGGACGUGACUGUGGAUCCCAACAUGGUAGCGGCCCGGGAAAUGGAACGCCUGGAGAAGGAGAGUGCGAAGUUAGGGGCUCACCUGGACCGCUGUGUGAUUGCCGGACUCUGCCUCCUCACACUUGGGGGGGUUGUUCUGUCCUGUUUGCUAAUGAUGUCCAUGUGGAAGGGGGAGCUGUAUCGUCGUGACAGGUUUGCCUCUUCCAAAGAGUCUGCUAAACUCUAUGGUUCCUUCAACUUCAGGAUGAAAACUAAUGAAAACACCCUGGAACUGUCCUUGGUAGAGGAAGAUGCUCUCACUGUACAGAGUUAGUUCUGGUUGUGAACUUUCUGAGAGUCUGCCUUGGCAUUUUAUAUGAGAAAACACAAAGCAAAACACAACACAACACAUUUCUUAAGUUAGUGCAGUUUAUUUGCCAGGCAAGAAAAGUUGAUUUCCCAAACUAACAUCCAGUGAGUGUUUUUGUACUCUAUAUAUUUUUUAUUUAGAAGAAAAACCAUGUAAGAUGCAUUAAGAAAUCACACCCAGUUACACCAGUCCCUCUAAAGAGCUGAGACUAAUUAAUCUAUAAUGGUCAUCAGCUUCUACUUCUACAGCAAAAUAUUUCUAACAAUUAAUGCACAAAUGAUUUCUUUAACAUGAUAUGGGAUAUUAUUCUUUGGACACUGGGAAGUGUAGGAUCAAUUAGUAACCUAUUUUGUAAAACAGAACGUAAGCACUAAUCACAUAAUAAGGCUUACAUUCUCUAAGGUGCUUAUCCAUUUUCUUGCUAAAUUUAUUCUUCCUAUAAUUUGGCUAAGCACUAAAAUAUAGAGUUUUGUGUUUGAAUAUUUUGAAGCUUGAUGAUACUCAUUAUUUAAAAAAAUAUAAAAACACAUAUGUUGUAAGUCAAAAUUAUUCCUGUACUCAGAAGUGGUAACUAAGUCUUUAAAAUAAACUUUCUAGUAAAAUAAAAUGAUAUAAAUCAUUAUGAGACCAAUCUGAAUUUAACUCAGAAUGGUAGUUCCAGAUAUUAGCCAGUGUUGCAUGCCCAUUUUCUAGAUUAAAUAAAAUUGCUGAUGUAAAUUUCAUUUUCUGUUUGUGAUUUAGCCAUCAUAUUGGUUAUAUGUGCUCCUAAAGUCUUUACUGGCUCUCACACCAGGGAAGCAAAGCAUAAAAUGUUUUCAUCCUAUUUCCAGGUAUCCAAACAUCUAGGCAGGCUGAAUCCUGAUUGGCUCAGGCACAUUCCCAGGUGAUGUUUUGUUGUUUUUGGAGAAAACUUCCAAUACAAAUGCAGCUAGACUCCUGGGGACUGUGUCUGGAAACCAGUAUCAUUUGCUCUAGGCCAAGCAACAAGUCAUUGCCCCAGGAUGGCAGCAGCCCUUAAACUCACAGCCAAAAAAUUAAAAUGCAAAGAGAAAGAUUAAAUGCACCUAUUCAGUACGAACUGCACUCCUCACUACAACUCACCUCCCUGUAAAAAUGGUGUAGGUAUCGUUCCGAGCACUUUAUAUCCAGGCCCCCAGUAACUCUGAGAUCUUGCCUCAUUAAGUUCAUAGUUGCUCGAUUAAAA